UGCAGGCAGAGGGUUAGCUGAUCCAGGGUCACUGUGCUGCUGCUGUGCCUGCUGAGGAACAGGUGACGGGGGGGCUGAAGGAGGCUGCAUGAGGAGGACAUUGGGACCUCCCUAAAACUUCUCUGUCAACUCUCAAUGUUUGGGGUCCAGGACACUCUAGGAAGAGGAGGACCUGUCCUGAGAGACAAAGCACUUGGAGCUGGGAUGGAUUCAGUGAGGUCCUGGGUGAGGAAUGUUGGAGUUGUGGAUUCCAAAGUGGCUGCUCAGAGUGGGGUUGCAGUGUCCAGAGCUCAUUUUGAGAAGCAGCCUCCAUCUAACCUGCGGAAAUCUAAUUUCUUCCACUUUGUGCUGGCUUUGUACGACCGGCAGGGGCAGCCGGUUGAGAUAGAAAGAACUUCCUUUGUGGACUUUGUUGAGAAUGACAAGGAACUGAGCACCGAGAAAACCAACAAUGGAACCCACUACCGACUCCAACUCCUGUACAGCAAUGGUGUCAGGACUGAGCAAGAUCUAUUUGUGAGACUUAUUGAUUCGGUUACCAAACAGCCCAUAGCAUAUGAAGGACAAAAUAAGAACCCUGAGAUGUGCAGAGUACUUCUCACACACGAGGUCAUGUGCAGUCGAUGCUGUGAAAAGAAAAGCUGCGGAAAUCGAAAUGAGACCCCGUCAGACCCUGUCAUUAUCGACAGGUUCUUCCUCAAGUUCUUUUUAAAAUGUAACCAGAACUGCCUAAAAACAGCAGGAAACCCUCGGGAUAUGAGGCGGUUUCAGGUUGUCCUGUCCACCACAGUGAAUGUAGAUGGACAUGUCCUGGCCGUGUCUGACAACAUGUUUGUUCACAACAACUCAAAGCAUGGUAGACGGGCGCGGAGGCUGGACCCUACGGAAGGUACGGACGCAUGUAUGGAGUACGCCACCCCUUGUAUCAAAGCCAUCAGUCCCAGCGAGGGAUGGACUACGGGUGGUGCCAUGGUCAUCAUCAUUGGAGACAAUUUCUUUGAUGGUCUUCAGGUGGUGUUUGGGACUAUGUUAGUGUGGAGUGAGCUUAUCACACCUCAUGCAAUCCGUGUACAGACACCGCCACGUCACAUUCCUGGUGUGGUUGAAGUGACAUUAUCGUACAAAUCAAAACAGUUCUGCAAAGGAGCCCCAGGGAGGUUUAUUUAUACAGCAUUAAAUGAACCAACCAUUGAUUAUGGAUUCCAAAGAUUGCAGAAGGUCAUCCCAAGACAUCCUGGGGACCCAGAGAGGUUGGCAAAGGAGAUGUUACUGAAAAGAGCCGCAGACCUGGUGGAGGCAUUGUACGGAACUCCUCAUAAUAACCAGGAUAUCAUUCUGAAACGAGCAGCUGAUAUUGCUGAAGUUCUGUACAGUGUCCCCCGGAACCACAAUCAGAUCCCUACCCUGUCCAAUUCUCCCGCACACAGUGGCAUGAUGGGUAUUAACUCAUACGGAGGACAGCUAGGGGUCACCAUCUCAGAGUCACAAGCCAACAACCAAGGUUACAUCCGGAACACAAGCAGUAUCUCCCCACGUGGUUACUCAACCAGCUCUACCCCACAGCAAUCUAAUUACAGCACCCCAAGUAACAGCAUGAAUGGCUACAGCAACGUUCCCAUGUCAAACUUGGGGGUUCCUGGUUCUCCAGGAUUUAUCAAUGGGUCUCCUACUGGCUCUCCUUAUGGCAUUAUGCCAUCCAGCCCACCAGUGGGAUCUUCUGGAAGCUCAUCCAUACUGCCUUUCUCGUCAUCUGUCUUUCCUUCCAUUAAACAGAAGAGUGCCUUUGCUCCUGUCAUCCGACCGCAGGGAUCCCCAUCUCCAGCCUGCUCUAGUGGCAAUGGUAAUGGGUUCAGAGAUCAAAGCUUUGAGAAUUCCCACCUCUAUUGGGUGCAUCCUAGUGAUACGUUAGGACGUGAAGACAUUUAACAAGCUAUGACUGGGCUGGUUGUACCUCCCAUGUGAGAAAACAUUGGACUACUUAUAUGUUCGACUAAGGUGGAGGAGAAGAGUCAAGACUUUGCAUGUUGUGGUGAGAUUUAUGGCUCAGGUUGGAUCUAAGAGCUCUUUAUCUUGGAGAGUAACCACCAUUGUCGACAAAGGGACGUAACCUGUCAGACAAGCAUAAAAAGUCUUACGGCAAAACCUCUGUGGGUGGAAACUGAACUCAAACAAAAACCUGUACAGAGCUGAGAUUUCAGCAGACAAUUACAUGGAAUAUUUUGGAUACUUUUUCUUCUUUUUAGGGAAAAAAAACAUUCUAUUUUCAGCUUUUUCUGAUACUGAUUUUUUUUUGUCAGUGGAUCAAAAAGAAAACAUUUUGCAAAGGAACUAAAACAGGGUAUCGGCAAGGAAGCAUUUGCUGUCUUUAUCUUUAAGGAUAAUCUGCUUUCUUUGCUGGAUGUGUCCGCUUAAACACUUUACUUUUUUUUCUAAUUUUUAAUAUGUUUUACAUAAUUUAAUUGAAUAAACUUGUAACUUAUUGUAUUUAGAGGUAGUAGCAAAUCAACAUAAAUAGACGCAAGAAGUGUGAGACGCGAUCUUACACGAAAUACACAGGAAAGGUACAAAGUUACCAUUUAUUUGAGAGGAUUUUGUAUGAUUGCAUGCACCGAAACCUGAGUCUGGUCUGUACCAAAGGGCCAUCUCAUGCAUUAAUGAUCCUACACCACAGGCCAAUAGAAUCUUUACAUUUAUUUAAAUAUAUGAAAUAUCUCUGGUAAGUCCCAACACUACCUACGUGGUCAUAAGCAGUAAUAAUUAUGUCCUAACAUUUCAUUUGCAGGUCAAUGUUACAUGGGGCCAUAAAACAAAACUGUCGUGCUUUGAAGGGACCUCAGAUAUCUUUGUCAAAUGUUAUGUGAUCUAUAUACAGUUUGGUUUGGGCUAUCAGUCUGCAAUUACCUCUUAGAGGAAAUUAGGAAGUGCACUAAUACAUGCUGAAGUUUAGACAAGUCAAAAUGCAUCACUUUGAUGUUAAGGAAGAUUUGGCAUUAUGCACUGUUCCAAAAACACCUUGAUCUCUUUUUUCAAAUUUCUCUUCCUUCCAGGGGGUUUCUCGAUAUUGGUUCUCUGGCAGAUCCACUUAAAGACCAAAUCAGUCAUGUUCAUUUUACAAAUAUCUGCCAGUAGUGGGGACAGAUUUUCCAUGUUGCACUCUAAAUCUUUGCUCAGCCAAUGUCUACCAAUUACGAGGCCCCUAUUUUGCCUAUGCCAAACCCAUAUUAUUACAAUAUAUAAAUAUAUAUGUUUUUUAAUUAAGGGAAUCUGUGGUAUUUAUGCCUAUGAACUCCAGGGGUAUAUAAACAAAGUGCUGGUCAGUACUAAAUAUAUGGGACAAAAAGAGAAUGCUAGAAUGUCCACAAGCCCAUCAUGGACAUAAAACCCCCCAAAAAUACCUUUCUUCAGUAAUGCUAUGAAACCUUGCUCCUUGUCUUACCAUCAAUUUUAUAAUAUUAGGCCUAUCUGAAAUAGUAAUGUAAUAUGUUGUUUUGUGCCUCACUAGAUCCAGUUAAGGCCAUUUUGGUGUUACUGGUAGGUUUAGUGUUGAGCUACAAUAUGAAUCAGACUUGCCUAGCAGUCUUACAUGGUAGUGAAAAGAGACAGAUAUAGCUAUUUAUCUAAAUAUGUAGUUCAGAGGGAAAUGUAGGUGGUUAAGAGUUAUACGGAUACCUAAAGAGGGAGACUUCUUCCUAUGUAAGGAAGUUAUAUCUACCUGAUAUGUGAUAUUUUAAUAUUUUAAAAUCAAUUUUUAUUUAAUGCGUGAUGUCUAGCCAGAGUGCGUCUGAUUUUAUGGGAUAUCUUUAAAAAUACAUGGAGAGUCAAUUAUUUGUGACUUUUUGUUUUCCCAUUUUAAUUUUUAUCAAUCCACAAGGCCGCCUUGCAUUAGCUAAAACUGACUAUCUCACCUAUUCUGAUCAUCUGCAGUCAUGAAACACCUUUCAGUAGAUAGAAACCGCUGUUUGAGUCUGUCCCAGAGGUGUACCUAGGUUAUUUGAUACCUGGGGCAAAAUUAUGUCUUGGUACCUCUACACCCCCUCCAACCCCAUUGUAUUUUUUGUGUGUCACUCUACAGCCCUUGUUGACUCUUUACACUUCCUUCACCCCCUUAUGUGUAUCUCAUGACAACCCCUUGUUUGUUUCUUAACCCCCUCACCACAUUGACAGACAGAGCACUCCCUUCAUAGAUGGUAACAGUGGUUGACUACCCUCCUAUUUAUACAUUACUUGUCUGUCCGGAUAAUCUGUAUUCAGGAUAUCACCUUUUAGGUUAGAUAGAUAUAAACGCAUGCUAUCUGACCAAAAUCUUGCCAUGUUUUGAAUGUUGACAAAGCAAAAUUAAGCUAAAUUAUAAAAUGUUGUGUCACUUGGGUAUAGACUUAAAGCUGUCACCUUAAGCAACUGAAUUCUAUGGCUACUGGUGGUAACAUAGACUCAUGUCAAGCUGUCGAGCUCAAAGCUUUAGAUGCAUUAAGAUGUUGACUUUGAAAUAAAAGGAAAUUUGCAAGCUCAGUAUCUAAAUUCUCAAUUUAAUAUUCUUUGGAUAGGCUUUUCAAAUAACCUAUCUACAGAUAAAUAUAUGAAAAUAACUUUUACAUAAAUCAUUUGAAAAGUUUAUCCAAAAAUAUAAAAUUGGGACCAAAGUUGGAUAAACCCUAAAAUGAACAGUAAAUGUCUUUGUUAAGGUGGUCUGCAUGGUAAAAUGUGUAUCCUCCAUGGACUCACAGCCACAUUGCACUUAACCAGAACUGAUGGUGACUGCCAAGUUGGAGGACACGCACUCAGGUCCAAGUGAAUAAAAGUGAAUGUCAUGAAUGCAACAUAACAAAAUCUUUUCCUACCCAUUGCAGAGAGUCUAAUUACUUCAGUAAUAUAUACGCAAAUCUACAUUGCUGGGCAUCUCAUUUUUAAAAAGUUAAUAAAUCACCUCCCUAAUUGCACAUUGAAAUACUGAUCAAAAUGUAUGAGAACAUGGUCCAGUUCAUUACUAACAAGCAGUAGCAGUACUUUGUUGUCUACCCUCAGCUGAACUUGGGAGACUAGAAUGGAAUUUUCAGACAUUGAUUAUACGGUAUAGGAAAUCAGGUUUUUUUAACUCAAUCUUGAAAAGAAUAUCUGUAGAAAGCAAACCAUCCUUUGUGUGGUAUCUGAUCAAAUUUGGAGGGCACACAAUCUUCUUUUAGGCAGGUUUAUUGAAACAGCAAAUCAAUAUCAUAGCCUUUUUGAUACACUUGUCAUCUAAUUUACUAUAUUUCUCUUGCUAUAUAAAAUGUUUCCCUUUGUACUUCUCCAUAGACCUUCACUAAACAUACGACUGCAUUGACCUCUCAUUUUAAAAAUAACGAAUCAACAGAUCAUAGUAUUUUCCCUGGGGGCUUGGUACUAAGACAUUAUUUUUUGCAUAAAUAACUUUUCAGGGCUGUGUAUUUUAGAUAAUAUAAAAUCUGAGAAGUACACUUAUAUUCUUUCAAAGUUCAGAAAGGGCACAAAACAAAAAUCAAAAUUUUGGGGUAGAUUCCAUAUCCCAGAGUGGCUCAUCCUAUAUCUUCUUUUGUUUCAUACACAUGUUCCCUUGUGAUAAGCUUUUCUUAAAUCUGGUGGAUUGUGAAGAAUGUAUUAUGUUUCAGUCUAUAUAAUUUAUUAGUCAUAUCCAUUUUCCUAUGCAUGGAUUAUAUGAAAGAGAUUUUAAAUAUAGUCCCUCUAAAACCUCUUUGGUUGACUAUGAUGUUAUCCCAUGGUUUACAUGGCUAUAUAGGUCCUUUGUUUUUGCUGUUCUCAAACAACUUCUUGGUCUUUUUUUAAAGUUCUAAAAAUUUGGGAAGUCUAAAGCAUAUUAUUUGUCAUAUGAAAAUGUCUGGUUCGUUUUUAA